AGAUAAUGAUUCAAGCAGCUUCUUUAAAAAACACUAAAGUUUUCACUCCAACUCGAGUGGGUGAUAAUGAAAUCUCGAACAAGAUAGUUUUCGCUCCAAGUACUAGGGUUAGAUCAGCAAAAGAUGGAGAGCCCAGUGAUUUGCAAUUGAAACAUUACGACGAUAGAUCAAAGUUCCCAGGUUCUUUGUUGAUUGUUGAAGCUACGAAUAUUACACCUAAAACAGGUGGGAAUUCGGGAGCUCCUGGCAUUUAUAAAAAACCCCAUGUAGAGGGAUGGAAAAGGAUCAAUGAUGUUAUUCACCAAAAUAAAUCUUUCAGUUCUAUACAAGUGAUAUUUUAUGGAAGAGCUUCUGAUCCGUAUUUUGCUAAAAGACAUCAGUUGCCAAUGGUUGCACCUUCAGUUGUAUAUCAAAACAAAGAGCACGAAGAAACUUUGAACCAAUUGGGAGUCGAAUUGAGAAGUUUAUCAACAGAUGAAAUUGAAUCUUUGGUUAAAAACGAAACUGUUCAAGCUGCUAAGAAUGCAAUUGCCUCAGGGUUUGAUUAUAUUGAAAUUCACGCUGCUCAUGGUUAUAUGAUUGAAACUUUUUUACAUCCUUCUACUAAUAAAAGAACUGAUAAAUAUGGUGGUUCAAUUGAAAACAGAGCUAGGUUCUUAUUGGAGGUUGUAGAUCUUUUAAUCGAACUCGUUGGUGCUUCUAAAGUGGCCAUUAGAUUAUCUCCUUGGUCUACUUAUAACUCAAUGCUUACCGUUAAAGAAGAAGUUCAUCCUUAUACGACUUUUAGUUACGUGGUUAAUGAAUUACAAAAACGAGCUAAUAACGGUAAGGAACUUGCUUAUAUCUCCAUUGUGGAACCAAGGGUCUCUGGAGCUGUUGAUGUUGAAAUUGAUCGACAGACUGGUGAUAAUGAAUUCAUCAAGAAAAUCUGGAAAGGUAUUUUGAUCCGUGCUGGUAACUAUACUUACGAUGCUCCAGAAUUUAAACAAUUAUUGAAAGACGUCGACGAUGAUCGUACUUUGGUUGGUUUCUCCAGAUACAUCAUUUCAAACCCAGAUCUUGCUCAAAGAUUGUACCAAGGUAGCCAUUUGGUUCCUUAUGAUAGAAGUACUUUCUACACUAAAUCGGCAAAAGGUUACAACACUUAUCCUUCUUUAAAUGAAAAGCCAAAUUUAGAUAUUAGUGAAGCUGAUAAAUUAUUCCCUCAAGCUCUUGCUUGA